AUGGCCAACCCAACUGGGUUUGUUGUCCGAAACAACGAAAUUUGUUACAAAUGGAUAGAUUACUUCUACAUUGGAAGAGCAACAUACUCAGAGCCAUUGCAUCACUGGGACUCGGCUUCUGGGACACUGACAGACUUCACUACUCGUUUCUCUAUGAGAGUUGUCACCUAUGGUAACACCGGUGACGGCCUAGCCUUCUUUCUUGCUCCUGUGGGUUAUCCAAUUCCUCCAAACUCGCCUGGCGCAUAUCUAGGACUUCUCAACGCCACCACUAGAUUUGACAUCUCCCAAAACCAAAUCCUCAUGGUUGAGUUUGAUACUUAUCCAAUUAUAGCACCUGACUAUAAUUGGGAUCCGCAAGAGCAGCAUGUUGGGAUCAAUAUCAACUCCAUCGCUUCGGUUGUCAACACCAGUUGGGAUGCUAAUUCGCAUAGUGGACAGGUGGCCGAUGUUUAUAUAUCUUACAAUGCUACUACAAACAACCUCAGUGUUUCCUGGAUAUACAGAGAAGAGGAAAACCACCCGGUUUCUUCUUCUCUGUUUCACAUCAUUGAUCUGAAGGAAGUUCUUCCCGAGGGGGUUACCUUCGGAUUUUCUGCUUCUACAGGCUUGUAUCUUGAAGGGCAUACCAUCGUUUCCUGGGAAUUCAUUUCAAGUUUGGAUGCAGAUAAAGUGGUGAGCAAGAAAGGAGGAGUACCUAAGCGUGUCAUCACACUCAUUGUUGUAGCUAUCUUCUUAGCAUUGUUGUUUGGAGUAGGCAUCUGUUUGAUCGUGACAAGGAAGUUAAGAAAGAAGAGAAACAAAAGAGGACAUGAAUCCAUCUCGGUUAAUACUAAUCUCGAGAGAGGAGCGUUGCCCAAAAGAUUUUCCCACCAAGAACUUGUUGCAGCAACCGGUGGCUUUGCUAAUGGUAGAAAGCUUGGUCAAGGAGGGUCUGGCCAAAUUUACAAAGGAACCUUGACUGAUAUUGAUCGCCUAGUUGCUGUCAAGAGAAUCUUCGCAGGAUCUGAUCAUUCUGAAAGAAUUUUUAUCAAUGAAGUGAAGAUAAUAAGCCAUUUGAUUCACCGAAACCUGGUGCAGUUCAUUGGAUGGUGUCAUGAGCAAGAUGAAUUCUUGCUUGUCUAUGAGUAUAUGUCAAAUGGCAGCCUUGAUAGUCAUCUUUUUGGCAAUAAAAAAAAUUUGCCAUGGAAUGUCAGAUACAAGAUUUCUUUAGAAUUGGCCUCAGCAGUUCACUACCUUAAUGAAGAUGCAGAGCAAUGUGUCCUUCACAGAGACAUAAAAUCAGCCAACAUACUAUUAGGCACAGAUUUCAGCACCAAGCUUGGUGAUUUUGGUGUUGCUAAGCUGGUGGACCGCAGACUGAGGACUCAGAUGACAGGUGUGAUAGGGACUUAUGGCUACCUGGCCCCGGAAUAUGCGAACGGAGGAAGAGCUAGUAAAGAAUCAGACAUGUAUAGUUUUGGAGUUGUGGCUUUGGAAAUUGCAUGUGGGAGGAGGACCUACCAGCAAGGUGAAUACCAUGUACCGCUAAUGAGAUGGGUGUGGGAGCUCUACCUCACUGGAAAUAUCAUGGAUGCUGUUGAUGAAAGAUUAAAAAUGGAUUUUGAUUCAAAUCAGAUGGAAAGGUUGAUAAUAGUGGGAUUAUGGUGCACUCAUUCCUGUGACAAGGAGAGGCCAAAGGCUGGACAAGUGAUUAAAGUUCUUCAGCUUGACAUGCCAAUGCCUGAGGUUCCACAUGAUAUGCAUGAUCAGGCAUUCUACUCCUUCCUUCCAUCCCAACAAUCAUCUGAUUCCUUUCAGUCUCCAGCCACUUCUAGUAUCAAAAAUGCUGGUCGUUAA